AUGGCUGGAGUUCCCGAACCUAGGAUUCUCUGCGACACGAUGAGAUAUCUUGUCACUGUCUUGGCGAUUUUCUUCUUCCAAAAGUGUGCAGCUCUGCAGCCUCAUCUUCCACCUCAGAGCCUGCGACUCUUCGUCGGACACGCUCUUAUGCCACAGAUGUUUCAAUGGCAGCCUGAAACCUAUGGAUGGAAAUCCUCCCCUAGAAAAACCGUCCGUGGACCGCAUAAACAGAACAGGGUAUUUUUUUCAGGCUCGUCCUCCGAGUUCGAUACCUUGCAGAUGGUCCGCCAGUACAGUUCUCGAGAUUACGUGUCCAAUGCUGUCUUGCGGAGGCUUUCCCGUAGCAGCCAAGGUGAUACCGAUUUGGAUGAGUCUGACAACAGUCUCCUACCUGGAUGCUUGGAAGUUCGGGACAUGCCCUACUGCGUGAAAGCUAGAGAGGUACCCGGCGAUGGCGCCUGCCUCUUCGUGUCAGUGGCUGCAAGCUUGUGGUGGAACGCCUUCGAGACGCAUGCAGACCUUAAUGAUCCUGCAUUCGUGGACAUGGUCGGCUCUCUUCGACAGCUGGCGGUCGACACGCUGCAGGACACAAAUGCUACACCGCUUGCCCUAGAAGGCGACGAGGUGUUGUCACGGCGCACUCUUGUCACUAUGGCUGCGGCGGAUUACAAUAUGACUCCCGCUGCGUACUGUGAGAGAAUGCGCCUGCCGGGCACUUGGGGUGGAGGCCCGGAGAUCGUUGCUAUGAGCCAUGCACUCCGACGAGUUAUCGUUGUCUAUGAGAAGCACAGUCCGAGUAUGCAGAGCGGAGACUCUCAAAGCGGCUCCGCUUUUGACACCCACCCCCACCGUCUUAGUCGUCCUCCCGCGACCGAUAGUCCUUCCGACAGCGGACAGAACCCAAUUAAAUUAAAGGUGGUUGCUUGUUUGGGGUUUCCAGAAAACGUUGCGGAAGAACCCCUUCAUAUUCUGUUUACCAGCUCUGCGGGAGAUGGCCAAGCAGCGGAUCAUUUUCUCCCUCUGUUCCCUGUUGUGUCACAGUAA